CAAAUCGCCAGCCUCCGGAUAUGGUCCCGCCGGCAAGAACACGGCACAGAGGGGGCCCGGUUGGAGCCGCUUGCUUCCAGCUCCUCCUCAGCCUCCUGGUAUUAAGUUUAUCUUGUGAAGCUUGUAAAAAAGUUACCCUAAAUGUGCCUCCAAAACUAAAUCCAGAUACACUAAUUGGCCAAGUAAAUCUGAAAGGGUGUCUUAGAACUCCUCACCUAAUCGGUACCAGUGACCCUGAUUUCGUAGUUCUGGAAGAUGGUUCAAUAUUUACAGCAAAUACAGUUUCUUUGUCUUCUGGAAAGAAAACAUUCACCAUAUUGCUCAAGAAUUUGCAAAAUAGUCAACAAAAGCAAAUCCAUGUUAAUUUACUGUCACGUUCUCCAAAAACACAUAAAACAGGAGAGAUAGUUCUUAGACGCAGUAAACGAAGAUGGGCUCCUGUACCAACUGUUAUAAUGGAAAAUUCACUGGGACCUUUCCCAAUGCAAAUUCAGCAGCUAUCUUCUGAUACAGCUCAAAAAUACAACAUUACCUAUUCCAUUGGUGGUCCUGGUGUGGAUCAACCACCACUAAAUUAUUUUUACAUUGAAAAGGAAACCGGAAAUCUCUUUGUUACUUGUCCAAUAGAUCGGGAGGAAUAUGCGGAAUUUCAGAUAGUUUGCUAUGCAAAGACAUUAGAUGGCUACACACCAGAGAUUCCACUUGUACAUAUAAUCCGAAUUGAGGAUGAUAAUGAUAAUCCUCCAAUUUUUAAUCCUGAUACAGUUACUUUCUGUAUUAUAGAGAAUAGCAGACCUGAUACCUUCAUUGGGCAAAUGAUUGCAACAGACAGAGAUGAACCGGGCACACUGCACACUAAACUGAUGUACACAAUUGUGGGACAAACUCCUGCUUCACCUCGAGGUGGCCCUUUAUUUAAAGUACACAAAGAAACUGGUGUUAUUUCUUUGCAGAGUGCAUUCUUGGACAGAGAGAAAAUAGAUAAAUACACAGUAUUAGUGGAAGCAAGAGAUAUGGGAGGUCAGAAAUUUGGUUUAUGCAACACUGGAACGGCUAUAAUUGAAGUUGGUGAUGCAAAUGAUCAUGCCCCGAUGUGUGAACAUGGUGUGUAUGAAGUAUUUAUACUUGAAAACACAGUUAAUGCAGAAGUAACGAAAAUUGGUGUGACAGACAAAGAUGUACGAGGAACUCCAGCCUGGCACGCUACUUUCAAUAUUAUAAGGGGAAAUGAAGAUGGUUCUUUCAAAAUUGAAACAAACCGGGAUUCAAACAUUGGUACCUUAUGUAUUAAAAAGGGUCUGGACUAUGAAAAGACCAAGGAGAGAAGAUUAGAGAUUGUGGAUAAUGAAGUCCCUUACGCUUUAGCACCGAAUUCGGGACCAAUUUCUACAAGUACUUGUGUUGUUGUUAUUAAAGUACGAGAUGUGGAUGAAGGGCCUGAAUUCCAUCCUAAAUAUAUUUUGGAUAUAAAAGAAUGUUUGAAAGCUGGAACACCGGUUGGCCAUUACUCCGCAAGUGAUCCAGAGACCGGAAAUAGAGACAUACGUUACAAAAUAAUAAAGGACCCAUGUAACUGGAUCACCAUGAAUAAUGAAGGUCAGAUCAGCACCACUAAAAUGUUAGACAGGGAAGCACCAGAUUUAAGUUAUCAAUGUAAUGUAACAGUUGCUGCAGUAGACCGAAGUGGCAAAACAGGCACUGGAACAAUUGUAGUUAAUCUACGAGAUGAGAAUGAUAAUUACCCAGAAAUUGUUCAAAAGGAGUAAAUAUGCAGAGACAGAAAACCAAUUUGUCUUACUGCUGUGGAUGCUGACAUAGAUCCUCACACAGUUCCCUUUACUUCCAUUCUUGAAAGAGACACUCAAAACUGGAGACUAACUCAAAGUGAUGACAUCAUUUUUGAACCAUCCGAUGCUUUAAGCUAUGGCCAGUACAUAAUUCCUAUUGAAAUAUCUGAUAAUGGAGGCAACAAAGGGGUUUCUGAAAUCAGAGUUUCACUGUGUGAUUGUACAGUUCCUAAAGAUUGUGUUUACCCACCAAGAGAUAUUUUACCACGUCAGCGCUCAGAUGUUACUCUUGGUAUUUGGGCCAUCCUUGCUAUGAUUUUGGGAUCACUGCUGCUAUUGUUAAUCCUGAUUACGCUUUGUGGAUGUUUUGGUGGUGCACCCAUGGCUGGCACUAAGCAUGUUGAUGAUUUAGCCAAUCAGAAUUUAAUCAUAUCUAAUACUGAAGCACCUGGAGAAGAAGUGAUGGAUCCGAACAUACUUCCUGUGAAAACAGGAAACAUAGUGACGUCUGAUCACGGGGUUGGUUCUGGAAUAAAAACUGGGGGACAAGAAAGUUUCGAAAUGGUCAAAGGACACCAGACCAUGGAAUCGGUUAGGGGGCAGCACACCUUGGAAUCUGUCAAAGGAGCGGGGCAUCAUACUUUAAAUGGAAAAGGAUAUGGGCAGUCCAUGAUUGGAUACCUACAGAUACAUUAUUCAGAAUGGCAGAAUUUCACACAUCCUCGUCUGACUGAGAAAGUAUAUCUGUGUGGGCAAGAUGAAGAGCAUAAGCAUUCCGAUGACUAUAUUCUUUCAUAUAACUAUGAAGGAAGAGGAUCGCCAGCGGGCUCUGUAGGCUGCUGUACUGAUCAGCAAGAAGAAGAGGCACUUGACUUUUUAGAUCAGUUGGAACCAAAGUUUAGGACAUUAGCAGAAACCUGCGUGAAGAGAUAGAUGACAGAGUGGAAAACCAUCACUGCUAUGCAGAAUAGCUGUUUCAAAUCUUGAAUACACCAGAUUUAUGUUUCUUGUUUUUCCUGUAAUGGGUGUGGUGAAUCAAAAGUACAUCCUAACAUUAGGUUUGUCAGGACUAAGGUUUCUAUGUCUAAACUUCAGAUGCUGCGUUCUAUUUCGUUUUAGACUCUCUUUAGUUGUCAUGUCAAUCUGUAAUUAACUUGCUUCCCAAAUGCAACAGAUUCUCGUUUUAUUAUUUUUCUGGAUUUCAUGGGGAUUAUUUCGGGCUGACUACCCAUAAUUUUCAGGUUUCAACCAUGAUGACUAGGAAUUUUGGGAGCAGUUCUGUCACAUCUGGAAUAUCCCCACUGGGGAAUUUGACCGUAGGAAAGUGAAGUUCAUUAUUUCCUACUUUUAGGGAUUAUGUUUUAUGCUAACUAUUUUUGCCUGAGUUUCAACAGCUUUCUUUAAUUUAGCUAAAACUUUAGCUUUAUAGAGAGAAAUGACAAAAGAUUUCAGUUAUUAAUUAUUUGCAUCAUACAGAAACAAAGAUUCUGUUUUCAAAACAAGAUGCCAUUUUUUUCCUGUAAGACCUUCCUUUACAGUCAUAUAACCUCUAGCUUUUCUCUAUUUUUCUCCUUAGCAAAACACCCAGUGUUUUAUGAUCACUGAGCAUAACUGGGCUUUGUCAUCUUUUUUAGGAUUUGGAGUGUGGGUUGGCAAGGGGUCUUUGGCAAAGUUUGGUUCCCCCCCUAAGCCUGCUAAUGCUUUCCUCUUUUAUGUGGAUGUUGUUCUUUUGACUAAUAAAGAUAUUUUAACAAAGAAAUUGCUUAUAUACAAUGAAAUGUCUGUGUUAAAUAAAUCUUUUUAAUUAGAUAAUACACAGAAUGAAAAGCAGAAAUGAUUUAGUGUAUAAUCUUAACAGUACAGCUAGCAUAAAGGAAUGUAUUUAAUAUCAUUGCAGAAACAAGCAUAGAAGUGAAAAUGAAAAGUGCAAAGGCAACUAUUUUCUCCAAGAGUUUAAAUUAAUUGCAAAGUGUUAUUUGCCUUGUUGUUCACCCAAGGACUACUGUUAUUCCUUUAGUGUAAUUUUUAAUCAUAUCAUAAGCCAAGGUAAAACUUGGAGGUGGAAGAACUACUAUAUCAGCACUGCAUUUUGUUGUCUUUCAUCAAAAGUAAAAUAGAGAGCCAAACUGGUUAAGGGACAAUGUAUGCUGACUCUCCAUUUCAUGUAAUGAAUCAUGCUUUGCAAUUUUUAUGCGUGAACUAACAUGAUCCUUAUUAUCCUGGUGUAAUAUAGAUUCAUGAUAUUUGUAUACCUAUAGUUAGAUAAUUGGAGAAAUGCGUAGGGUACUAGAAAUCUAUAAUCAUAAAAAAUGACAAGUAUAUAGUAUUUGAAAGUACUUUUUUAUAGAUUGAAGCUUUAUCUUCACAGGUGUAGCCUCAAAUGGAGUUGGUUCUAGUCUUCCUUAAAGAAAAUAAUUGGAAAAAUUAUAACCCAUUUAUCUAAUUAAUUUCAGUUAAGGUGCUCUAAAAUAUUUGAGUCCAGAUACAUUUUACAGAUCUUUUAAUAAGAGAUAAAGUUCUGAUAGGUAAUAGGUACUAGUGAAUAUAAAUAGUUUCAGAAAAAGGUAUUCUUGCUAUUGCUGUUGUUUGUACUUUGGGUUGUAUUAAUAUGAACAUUUAAGUGCAUCAAUAGGAAAUGACCAGGUCUGAUAUAAUUGGAUAUAAAAGCACAAAAUGUUGUUACUUUUAAUGCACCUUAUAUCUUAAAUAUUAAAAGAAACAACUCAGAAAAAUAAGAAAUAAAUUAUGGAUCAAGGUUUUACUAAACAACUUGAACCCAAUUUCUGACAUUUAAUAGUGUUUUCUCACCAUCCAUCCCAUAUGUGACCAAUGUUCCCUCUAAGCUGCAUGGCAGCGCGGCUGC